AGCAGGGAUUUCCCCCCCUGCCAUGGAGUAGGGAUGGAUUUUCUUGUGGUUGUUGCUUUUUGUCAGCCAUGCCAGAAGGUGCUUUUCAGAUUCCCCCCGACACAUGCUGUCUGCUGGUCCCUGCCCAUGUCCAUAACUCCCGGUGUGCUGGUGCUGACGCUGCCCUGGUUGAAGUUCUCCGGGUUGGGACCGGCUCUGGUUGGACAGGCUGUGGGUGUACCCACAAAGAUGCUGCUGCAUCUUGCUUCUGUCUUGCUCUGGAACAGAUUGUGCGCUCUCAACACCUGAACUCUUAUCCCGGAUGGAAAGAGGAGAAGAGCUGGACAUGCUGGACGAGUUGGACCUGGAGGAAGCAGACAUGUCCCCGGCACCAGCCGUAGAGCCAGAUCUCCUGAGCUGUGCAAGUGACGAUGCUGUGCUGGACACGAAGAGAAAGGACUCGUGCGAGGGGAGCUGUGGGGAGUCGGAGGACAGCAGGAGCCUGGCGGUGGCGGCGGCCUGUGGUACACCUGCGCACGUCCCUCCGGAAGCCACCGCUGUGCCAGCGGAUCUCAGCCAGGCGACCCCGUCCCCUUCCUGCCCUCUCUCCGCCUGCUCUCGGGAAACAGUGAAUCUGGACCGGUCUCCGCUGCCUCCCGCUGCAGCAGCAGAUGCCGAGGUGGGCAUCCCAACGGAGAUGCCACAGGAGGAGGUCACUGCGAAGGACCCGGCCAUUUCUGAAAUGCCCUCGAAGGCCCUGGAAGAGGAGGACAUGAAGGAUUUGGGGGAUGAUGGCCAAGGCCUGGCCGCAGACAUUCCUGAAGAACCGGUGAAGGAGCCGGUCCCUGAGGCCUGCAGAGCGGUGGUGCAGGCAGGUGAUCGCGGCUGCCCGGUGGCCACCCCAGCAGAGCUGGUGGAAGGCUCCUGCAUGGGCCGGACUGCGGCCUGCCAGCGCAACUCCACCCGGGAGAAAUUCUACUCCUGCCCUGUGUGCAGGAAAAACUUUCUGCUGAAGAUCAACCUCGUCAUUCACCAGCGCAGCCACAGCAACUGGGAGCCCUAUGUCUGCCCGCACUGCGACCGGAGCUUCAUGUCCAAGAAGAAGAUCCGAUGUCACCUCCGGGCCUGGGCAGCCAAGGGGUUUUGCCAGCCCCUGGGGGCAGAGGAAUGCUCCAGCCAGCCCCCCCCCUGCGCCGUCCCCCAGCCCCAGUCGCCGCACAUGGCCUGCAGCAUGGUGUGGGGGAAGCCCAGCCCCAGCAGAUGCCCCUUAUCUCCUGGGAAAAUGACAUACACGUGCAACGAGUGCAUGGAGAACUUCUCCAGCCAGAGCUUUCUGAUCGUGCACCAGCGGCAACACACUAACCACGACCUCAUCCUCUGCCCCUGCUGCAACAGGAGCUUCGCCUGGUCCUCUGACUUUGUCCGGCACCACCGGACCCACGCGGGCGAGCGGCCCUACCAGUGCGGCGUGUGCCAGAAGACCUUCAAGCGGCACUACCACCUGGUCGUCCACCAGAAGAUCCACAUGCGGCGGGAAGAAUCGUACCCCUGCCCUGGCAACCAGCUGCCCGUGCCGGCGGCGCCUGUUUAAGCCACGGUGGCAGGAAGCCGGGAGGUGUCAGAGGCUGCUGUUGGAUGUUUUAAUUUUUUAAUUAUUUUUUUUUGUGCCCCCCCUCUCUUCCCUCAUUGACCACAGGAUGUGAGUGGGUCGGGUGGAGGCUGGAGAGCGGGCAGCAUCACUCCGAUCCUCCUGCCUGGAUGUGGGGUGGCCCUGCAGC